CUGAGAGCUAACACGGUCACCAGGGCUUUUGAUAUCAAGAGUCUCGAAAACAAUAUUUUAAUUAUUUACAAAGUUUGAAGAGUUAAUGGUUUGCCAGUGCUGGUGUCAUAUUCAGGUUGGCUGAAGAGGAAUACAACAUGUGCUGAACGAUUUUGAUCCCAUCUGUACACGGGAUGCCUCCACCAGGCUGGAUUCUGAUAUGAUGCUUAAGAAAGUCCGAUUUCAGGACCCUCAUGUCCCAGAGCGAGUAAGGGACGACACAUUGGUCAUGGAUAGCCUGAACCGAAACUUUACCGGUGGGAUCAAAUCUCACCAGGUGCUCCAGGGCACUCCACUGGAUUUGAUCGAGACUGGGAAAGUGCUCAAAGUCCAGGCAGAGCGCCCCCAUUUAGUCAGUCUGGGAAGUGGCCGUCUCAGCACAGCCAUCACACUGUUGCCCUUGCCCGAAGGCAAGACCACUAUGGGUCAUGGAGCUAUGGACAUCAACAUCCAGGGCCCAGGGAUCGCAGCUCAACAUUGCUUUAUAGAGAACAAGGCUGGAAUCAUUACCCUCCAACCCUGUGGAAACCAGUGUAGCAUUGACGGACUUCCUGUCAGCAAGCCUGUUCGCCUGUCUCAAGGCUGUAUGCUGUGUUUCGGCCAGUCCGCCUUCUUCCGCUUCAAUCACCCCGAGGAGGCUUUCCGAAUGAAAAGCAUGAUGCCUGAAGGAGGACAGACAGGCAGUGUGAAAAACCAGGCCCUCACAGAUUCUGAGAACCUGGUCAAUGGGAACCACCCGUCAGGUGCACCAGAAUCUUACCUGGUUACCAACAAGAAAGUGCGCCCGGAACACAGUGCCAUUGUCAGUUCCAUUGAGAAGGACCUCCAGGACAUUAUGGACUCAUUAGUCAUGGAUGACCCACAGCCGUCUUCCUCUAAGAAACCUUCUGGCCAGCCCAUCUCCCAGUCUCCACUGUCCCCCAUGUUAAAUGGAGGUGGCCGAUUCCUUCUCUCUCCUCCAACGAGCCCUGGUGCUAUGUCUGUGGGCUCCAGUUACGAGAAUACCUCCCCUCCUUUUUCCCCUCUCUCAUCCCCAUCACCAGCCAGCAGUGGCAGCAACACAAGUCCAUCUCCAAGUGGUUGUCAGGACCAUAUUCACAUGCUUCCUCCUGUGCCAGUUAGGUCCUCCAGUUACAAUUACACCAGCCAGCCACCCAUACCUCAGCCACGGACUAUACUGCCCAAUGGCGGGGGUGGUGGGCCAAAGGUUCCUGAGAGUCCAAGACUUCAGAGGAAGGCUCUAUUAGAAGCAUCACAGAGCCCAAAGCCUGCUCGCAGGUUCUUGAACCAAGAUAACUCGGGGGCUGAGAGCCCUUUACAGAUUACCCUUCUGCCCUCAAUCUCCACCACUCCAACUGAUGCCCCAUCUGUCAGUCGGUUGCAAGUUCCAGGAAGCCCCAGACUAACCCCCAAAUUCUCUACUGCAUCUCCAUCAUUCUCACCCUCCAGAACUAAAGCUGCUAUUGUCCUUCACGAUCGACCCUCGAGUCCUUUCAGGGAGCAGCCUCAACCAGAUCGCUCCUCGACGUCCAGCCCCUCACACCAGCUCUCCCCACCCUCCCGAUCCUUCCAGCCUCCUUUGGAUCCCAUUGUCCAUAUCAUUCAGGGCGGACCUCAACACCAACGCACACUGCAGCCUCCUGAAUCUCCGCGGCUGGCCCGCAGGAACCUUGAAGGGAGCAGCAUGAGGGAGCUUCCCCCUCUCAGCCCAUCGAUGGCUCGCAGGGGGGUCCCUGUGCUCCCGGGAGCACUGGCAGGAACUCUGCGCACUCCGGAGAGCCCAUCCACGAGAACUGUCCAAGAGAGCCCCAGACUAAGGCGGAAAGCAGGGUCUCCUACAGAGGACCAGUUCAGCCCUCGUGCGGUGCGUGCCCGUAGCCCCUCGCCCACCUCGGGACUGAUGGGGGAGGGUGGCGGGCGAAAGGCCAGUUUUGGGAACUCGCUCUCAUCGGCCUUCAGCUUGGGUUCUCUGCCUGGAUCAUCACCCCGCUCCAGUCCGAGAAGCCACAGGAAGAUGUCAGCGGGCCACAGGGACCUCCGGAUGCCUCACCCUGGCAUGAGAGAGCGCAAAAACAGCAUCACGGAGAUCAGCGACAACGAGGAUGACCUUCUGGAGUAUCAUCGGUGCCAAAGAGAAGAGCGACUCAGAGAGCAGGAAAUGGAAAGGCUGGAACGACAGCGAUUGGAGACGAUCUUAAACCUCUGUGCGGAGUACAAUAAGGGCGAUGGGCCGCCGGGCGAUCUUGGCAGGAUGGGUGUCUCCGGGCUCGGCUCCAGGGAGGGCCUUAACGUCAGACGUCCUUCUGUGGAAAGCAUGAACAGCAUUUCCUCAAGAGUGGCGCAGAGAUACCUGAAGGAAGACUGCAACAGCAGUGAGGGCACACAGCUCAACGGACGAAACCCGACAGGUCUGCUGAACGGACAGAAUGGACAGGCAGAGGACUCAGGAUCAGCCAGUAUCGGCCGUCUGGAACUGGGGUACCUGGAGGAAGAGAGGGUUCGAGUGCUGGCAAAGGUAGAUGAGCUGAAAGCUCGGAUCACAGAACUGGAGCAGCAACUUCAGGAGUCCAAACAGGAGGCGGAGAUGGAGAGAGCUCUUCUGCAGGGAGAGAGACAGGCUGAGUUGGAGCAGAUCGAGGCCGAGACGGAGAUUAUCAACCAGCUGCAACGCAAGCUCAGUGAAGUGGAGAACACCUUCCAGAGAGAGAAAGACAAGGCAAACCAUUCUGCAGGAUGGCCAUUCAAGGCCCAUUCUGGUCUCUGUUGCCAUCCUCAGGAGAGGGCUAAUGUUGACGCGGAGCGGGAAGCCCUGGAGAGGCUUCAGGAUGGGUACAAUGAGUUGACCAGCCAGCUGAAUAAUUGCCCCGAAUCUCUGAGGGAACAGUUACAGGAACAACUCAAGAGGGAAGCGGAGACUCUUGAAGUUGCGACCAAGCAGUUCGAGGACCUGGAGUUUCAGCAGUUAGAGAAGGAGAGCAGUCUGGAGGAGGAACGCGAGACCAUCAGUCAACAGUUGCUUCAGGACAGAGCUCAGUACCACAGCAGCAUCACCAAACGAAAGGAGAAAGUUGCUGCUUUGGAAGCCCAAGCCAGUCAGUUGGGCAUGCAAGCGGCUCAGGAGUGUGAGAGACUGGCUAAAGACAAAAGCGUCACCUUGCAGCAGCUUCAGAAGGAAAAAGAUAGGCUUGCCAAUCUGGAGAGAAGGUACCAGAGUUUAACAGGAGGGAAGACUUUCCCAAAGAGCUCCAGCUCUUUUAAGGAGGAAUACUUGAAGCUGUCGGAUGUUUAUAAGAUGUAUGGGAGUGAUUUCCAUGACACCCAGCUCACCGCCGCUUCCUCGCACGGCUUCUCGCUUGCCCUUGACCCGUCUGUAGCCCCUCGUGAGGAAUAUGUGACCGUGGGUCAGUUAAACCAGAUGUAUGGGAUGCCGAAGGUGGAGUCUUCUCCCACCUCUCCUCCUCAAUUCCUUCAGUCGUCUCUCACAGACUCCGCCUUCUCCAGCCUCCCCUCCCCUCACGGCUCCUCCCUAUCGCUCUCCUUUGAGGUUUAUCGCUCACGUUUGGACAGCGACUCCAGCCAAUCGUCUCUGAGACCUAAAGUCAGCGCCGGUCUGUCCCCUACAUUCACUACAGCUACACUCGGACGCAACACUCCCGCCAGGAGCGCUUUGAUGGUAGCCAACAGCACCGGGAGUCUCCCACGCAACCUGGCAGCCACGCUGCAGGACAUCGAGACCAAGAGGCAGCUGGCCCUUCAGCAGAAAGGCCAGCAAGUUAUUGAGGAGCAGAGGCGGCGUUUGGCCCAGCUGAAGCAGAAGGCUGCAGUGGAGGCUCAGUGCCAGUGGGAGGCGCUCCAUGGCUCUCAAAUACAGCUCAACAACCCCUUUACCUCCAGCCCCUCACCGGUCGUACAUCACUCCAUCCUGCACCACACUUCGCCCUCUGCUGGCGAACAACCAUACGACACCCUCAGUCUGGAGAGCUCAGACAGCAUGGACACCAGCAUCUCCACGGGAAACAACUCUGCCUGUUCCCCCGACAACAUGUCCAGUGCCAGCGGUAUGGACACAUUGAAGAUUGAGGAGAUGGAGAAAAUGCUGAAAGAGGCACAACUGGAGAAAGCUCGACUCAUGGAGUCCAGAGAGCGUGAGACUCAGACACGUAAGCUGAUGCUGGAUGAGGAGAGGAGAAGAAGAGAGAAGGCGGAGAAGAGACUGGAGGAGGAGACGGUACACAGGCAGCAGCUGAUAGAGAAGGAGGUGAAGAUGAGGGCCAAAAACUUCUCCCAGGCGCGCCCCAUGACACGAUACCUGCCUAUACGUAAAGAGGAGUUUGAUCUCCGAACCCACAUCGAGUCCUCAGGUCACAACGUGGACACGUGCUACCACGUGAUUCUCACCGAGAAGAUGUGCAAGGGCUAUCUUGUCAAGAUGGGAGGAAAGAUCAAGUCCUGGAGGAAGCGCUGGUUCGUCUUUGAUCGUCUCAAAAGGACUUUCUCCUACUACGCCGAUAAACACGAGAGCAAAUUGAAGGGCGUCAUCUACUUCCAGGCCAUCGAAGAGGUUUACUACGAUCAUCUACGUAGUGCCACAAAGAAAGGAUUUUUCAAUCUGAAUUUGACAAACAGCCCCAACCCCUCACUGACGUUCUGCGUAAAGACCCAUGACAGGCUUUACUACAUGGUGGCCCCCUCCGCAGAAGCCAUGAGAAUAUGGAUGGACGUGAUCGUGACGGGAGCCGAGGGCUACACACAGUUCAUGAACUGAGAUGAAGAACUAUCGGCGCUCGCUGAUGCAGACUUCAAAACUCCAGACUGUUCGGCAGGGACACUUCAAACGACCUAGACCUGUUAUUCUCAACUAGAGGAAAAAACUUUCUUUUGUUACUUCCUUUUUUGUUUUCUGAAGAUGUCGUAUAUUUGCACGGCUGCGCAGAGGCUCACCCACCGGAGGUUUUCUGCAUCUGCCUGGAUUCAAAAAGGGAGCCGGAAGAUGAAAAGACGGAGUGAGCUGAGCCUGCAGGUGGCGGCGCGGUUGCCAUUGAUGAAAAUGCCUUUUUGCCGUCAGAGAUAUCUUUCAGUUGCAGUUUUUGUUGUCUGGACUUUUAUUUGUGAUCCAAAUGAUUUGUCUUUCCACACACAUCAUGGGGGAAAAUGCCAAAUGACAUUAUGCCAUUCUGGAAUUGUGUCGAAUCGACCGACAUGAAAUGGCGGACGUGAAUUUACUGCCGUAGGUUAUGUUAGAUGUAGUAUUGCAUUCAUAUACAAACACGAGACGAGCUCAAAAUCUGGUUUUACUGAAACAGAUUUCAUUCACCAAAGCUCACCAACCAGCUCAGGAGUUCAUAUUUAUUGUAGAGAGAUAAUCAAACUCCUGUAUAAUUGUAUCUCACUGUCCUUGCGUCCAACUAAUUAUUUUAGAUAUUCCACACAUGUACGACUCACACACACGCAACGUAUAGAGUUUAUUUGCCAAGUCCUGAUAACUUGAUCUUGUGAUUUUAGUCCAGAGGGAGGCGGCCUUCUCUUAUCACUGCCAGCCCGCGAGAGCUCUGAAUAAUCGCCACACAAAAGGAAACAUCGUCAUGAUCAUGCAAGUCAUGCAGUGCCUUGAUAUCGACCUGAAUUUGUCACUCUUGGAACUGUUACACUAGUGAAAAACGGCGAGACAGUCUUAUUCCAUGUGAGGUACAAUAUAUAUAUAGUGGGGUACUAUUUUACAAAAUCUUAUGACAAUUCUGAACAUCAAACGUGUAAUUAAAAAAAUGAUGAUUUGGAUUAUUCACAUCUGUGUCUGAGGUGAUACUGCUUUAAUACAUAAUUUAAGGAGAGAUCUUUGAGUAUUAACAGUUGUUCUAUCUUACCUAAAAUGUUUAUUUAUAGAUCAUGUUGAAAAGACCAACACGCUUUGCCUUUUCCCAAAACCAAACGGUAAGAGACAAAUAUCCACAAAGAACACAUCAACAUGAAAAAGUCUUCGUUUUGCGUGUUAAAUGUCUAUGAAGUCUUUCACACCAAUUGGUGAAAACAGUGUUGUAACAAUGUUGAACAGAAAUACAGCCACAGUUUUCAUUA